AACUUUUGCACAACUAUAGCAGAAUAUCACAACCAGGAUGCUGACAUUGGUAAAAUCCAUCGAUCCAUCUUCAGUGUGCCGCUGUAAUGACGAGACCUCGAAAGCUUUCGAAUUUACCUACUUCUCAAGUUGCUUGUGGCCCAGGGGGACUGCACCCCGCGACACCAUCUGUGCCCCCGGGAACCGGACGGAGGUUAGCGGGGGCUUUAACAGGGCGUGGUGUGUGCCAGACUCCUUAUCCACGUCAUCGCUUAAUCCUCACAAGAGCCUGUUUCAGACUGAGGCGCAGAGAAGGGUGGAGGGUAAGUGGGUCCCAGGCCGCAUGGCUGAGCAGAGGCGAACCCAGGCCUGCCUACUCUAGCUACCCUUAGAGCAUAGCCCAGAGGGCCGCUGGGGCCCUAGGAAGCUUGGAUGGCUCCGCAAACACUAGUGGAGUCCUUGGGGGCCCCGGGCAGGGUCCCGGUGGCGGGGAGAGCAGCCAGGCGCCGCACGCCCGGACUAAACUUCGGGGCGUGGCUUGGCCCUACACCUGGGCUCCACCCCGGAGCACGAGGAAGCCCGACGGCCCGCCGCAGCCUGCAACGGGAGCUCCCCGGCGCGAGCCCUCAGCGGGGGUCCGCCCCGGGGGACGCCGGGAAGCCGCCCCGGCCCCGCCCCGCCCUUCCCCGCGCGCUCUCCUCCCCCCGCUGCGCAGCGCUCGCCUGCCCCCUGCUGCCGCGGGGUGGACCCUGCAACCUGGGCCCUCCCCGCCUCCGCACGGCGCACCCCCCACCUCCGGAUUGGCGGCUCCAGAAGUCUCCGGGCCGUCCGCCUUCCGCCACCGGAUUGGCUGCGUCCCGGGACUGAGGCCCCGCCCAUUUCCCCGGGUCCUUUGAUCACGCGCCUGCCGACUCUUCCGGGGCCUGGGAGCCAAGCGAGGGCGUUCCUGUCCGGGCUGCAGCGGCGGGAGGGAGCCCAGUGGAGGCGCCCUCCCGAAGCACUACUGCCCAUGCUGACCCCCUGGCCCAGCGGCCGCCGAUGUCAUGAGUAACACCACAGUGCCCAACGCCCCUCAGGCCAACAGCGACUCCAUGGUGGGCUAUGUGCUCGGCCCUUUCUUCCUCAUCACCCUGGUUGGGGUGGUGGUGGCUGUGGUAAUGUAUGUCCAGAAGAAAAAGCGCUACGACCCCGCUGAGGAGCUGCAUGAGGCUGAGCAGGAGCUGCUCUCUGAUGUGGGAGACCCCAAGGUGGUACAUGGCUGGCAGAGUGGCUACCAGCACAAGCGGAUGCCCCUGCUGGAUGUCAAGACCUGACCUGACCCCCUGCCCUGCUCUCCAGAACCAUGGGGUCUUGGGAGUGCCCGGGGCCUGCGGCUUCCUUCCCCACUUGCACUCACCCAGCUCCCCCUGCUGGGAACUGGGUCUCCUCUCCUCCCAUCCAGCCCCAGCAUCUCGCCACCCCCCCCCCCCCCCCCCGCCCCGCCAGGCCUUCAGUCUUUGGUGGGCUGAGCCUCCCACCAGCUCCCCCGGGCUAAUGAAGUUUUUCCUGCCCAGUUGGGUGGUUGGAGACAUUUUCCUGGGCACCACCUUUCUCUUGAGCCUUCCCCAACCUGGCUUUGGAUUUGUUUCCAUGGUGACAGGGCCUAAUGUAUAGUAUUCAGUAUAUAUAUUUUGUAAAUAAACUGUUUUGUGGCUA